AGACAUUCUUAUCUUACAGAAUUCUGAAGUAUGGCGGAAGACGGAUUUAAGUUACGGAAUAUUGUAAGUGGUUGUUUUGACCAUUUGCUGAAUAGUUUUGACAAAGUUUAGUUUUGAAUCGUAUACAUAUACAAAACUGUAAUAAUGAGGUAGCAAAAUUGUUAUUGUUUUGAUUCCUGGUUUUUAUCAAAUUGGUAUAAUACCCCAUUGUUUAAGUUCACAUUCUUAAAGACCAGCAGAGCAGAUAGUCAACAACCAUGGCCGAUGCAUUUUGACCGCCUGGAUGAGCUGGUUCGACUCGGUGAAGAUAUUUCAUUGAAAAUGUCACGGGUUUACAGUAGAAUUUGUUUCAGUCACUUUAAUGACAAUCAUGUUUGUAUAUCCAAAAAGCGAUUGGAGCAUACAGCCAGUGCUUAGCUAUGAUAGAGUACAACGUAGACCUUCAUAAACAAUUGUGUACUGCCGCAGAGCAGGGCGACUUGGUAACAGUACAAACAUUAUUACAGCAAAAUGACAUCGAUAUUGAUUGUGUCCAAGAAGAAGCUGUGUUUACUCCUCUUCAGUUAGCUGCAGCUAAUGGUCAUGAGGAUGUCGUCCGCCUUCUGAUUAUGCGCGGUGCCGCUCUUGACCGACAGAAUUUUUAUGGUUGGACAGCCCUCAUGCAAGCAGCAAGUUAUGGGCAUGAUAAAGUUGUUGCGCUGUUAUUGAAAAAUAAAGCAGAUUUUAAGGCGAAAAACAAACUUGGGGCAUCGGCGUUAACUGUCGCAGCGCGUCAUGGACACACUGCCGUUGUUAAGCGAUUACUUGACUGCCCCGCUAUUGAUAUCAAUGAUGGUACUAGGGGGAUUAAUGAAAGUUUCUACUCAAAGGGUAUUGGUGCAACUCCGUUAAUGGUAGCAUCACAAUUCGGCCAUGAUGCAGUAAUGCGAGCGCUCUUAGAUCGUGGAUCAAACCCUAAGCACAAAAAUGAAACUACAGGUUGGAAUGCACUAAUGUUUGCGGCAUUGAAUGGUCACAUGACUUCGGCCCAGAUUCUUGUAGAUCGUGGUUGCGACCCAAACGAAACCAAUUACAUUGACAAGACAGCGUAUGAAAUUGCAGUGUGUGCUGGUAAACGAGAAGCAGCAGGCUAUCUAGAUAGAAAAACAACAAGAAGACCAAAGAUAGUGCCAACAACAUCAAAACCAAAGAUCAUAGAAGCUGCAGAGACUGGUGACUUAAAACUGAUGGAGAAGAUCUUAGACGAUGACCCUGCCCAAGUUGACACAGUUUCACCAGAGGGGGCAACAUCACUCAUGAUAGCGGCUAUGCUCGGUAGGAUUGAUAUAGCGGACAUGCUUCUAAAGCGUGGUGCGGAUAUCAAUAAGCAGGACUCCAAGAAUGGAUGGACUGCCCUCAUGCAAGCCACUUUUUACAGGCACACAACAUUUGUCAAGUUCCUCCUGAGUGGAAAUGCUGAUGCAAGUCUUAAGGCUUUGGAUGGAUGUACAGCUCUUGAUCUUGUGUUCUGUCUAGCUGAUUCAGACCCGGAUUUGACCAGAAUGUUAGCAUCUGCAGCAAUGCCAGUUCAAGGUUCCAGUACGUCACGACCUCCUAAAAACAGCACUGGCUCUGGAACGUGGUUAACAAAAUCAGGCAAACCUUUGCCGGAUGAAAAGCCCAAAGGAGGCCUUAAGGCAUGGUGGAAUCGGUUAUCAAAUCGUUUCCAAAAUCUGAAGUUGUCGAGGACCCUUAUGUCUGGCAUGACAACCACUAAACUUACUCCAUUUCAUGAUGAAAAUGGUCCAACUGACACUGCCGAUUCUAUAGAUAAGGAGAAGGUGUAUGGAGGCAUGCAGAGGGAUGGAAAAAAGAAAAGGAAAACAAGUGAACAAAAAGAUGAUCUACUUCUGAAAUCCAUUCUAAGUAAUGAUAGUGGUCUAAGUAGUACAAACCAAUCCAUGCAGUCAUUGUCCAUCUUAUCUCCAAUGAGUACAUUCCAAAAUGAUAAGCUUCUACCAGUUGUUCCUCCGUUUCACCCACCACCGACAUUUGAUCCAAAUGACCGAUCAAAACGACCAAUGAACGCCUCAAGAACCUCAUUGUCAAUGCUGGCAAAUGGCAAGAAUACCGGCCCAAGACAGCCUCACAUGAAAUCAAAGGGGCUGUUCAUCAGACCUCACAACAAAAGCAUUAGCCCGUCCAACUCAAACAAUUUUAGCGUGACCACAAGCCCAAAUUCCUCCGGUGGGGCCAGCAGUAUCAGUAAGGUCAACAAACCCUAUCGACUAUCUGCCCAUGAUAACAAAGUGACAGGCGAAUCAACGCCAAAGCAUGGUCACGAAAGUUCAGUGUUGAAAGCAUAUCCAGACAUUGCCUUCUUGCCACAGUCUGCCUUCAAAAUAAGUCCAAAAUCACAAGUUAGUUUCAAUGAGCCAUCAUCACCGGUUUCACCAACAUCCCAGACUUCAGGGUUCAACAACAGCUCCGCAUCAUCUACAAUAUCAGGUUCUGUGACUCCGUCCAAACAACGACCUCUGAGUGGAACUUCUCUAGGUGGUAGCACCACACCUACGUUGACUCCUUCACCGUCCCCAUCGCCUAAAGGGAGACCUGGAUCAAAUGGCAGCUCUACAAGUCAAGCUAGCUCAACACAUCAGCCAAAAAAUAGUUCAAGCAGUGGUGUCAGUGAAGAUGAUGAGUUGUCAGCUUUACUAAGAAAAUUGUCCCUGGAAAAAUAUGCACCUAUAUUUGAAGAACAAGAGGUUGAUAUGGAAGCAUUUUUAAGUCUGGAUAAAUCCGAUUUGACGGAGCUUGGUAUCAAGCAGUCGGAACCACAGAGCCGCAUUCUCCUUGCAAUAAAUGAAUUGAAUUCGGGAAGACAUCGAGAUUUCAAAGCUUAGCCAUAUUCACUUAAAAUAUUUUUAUCUUAUAUUUUGUAAAUUGCCAACUGUACUGUGGUGUAUUUAGUUGACAUGGUUAGGAACAGUGGGAACAUUAAGGGUGGGGGAAUGGGAGAUGGAUAAAUGAGGUAAUAGGCAAUUUUAAACUACUUCAGUAUCAAAGUAACCACAAGCGUUUUCUGUGAGAGUUUGCGUCCCAGCGUUCCCCUGUACAUACCACUGCAACUUUGAUUUACUCUGGUAUUUUCUUAAACCCCAUUUCAAUAUUUUGCCAAAAACAGUUCAGUAAUAUGUACCUUAUUCAGGCUGAAAUCUUGGUUUGUUGAAUACAAUUUGCCUCAAUUUUGACGAAUCUAGGCUAACCUAUUAAGAAACACCGGGCACAAACUGCAUCAUUUCGACCGUCCUACAAUGUAGUGCAUGCACGGCUUGAGACGCCAUCUGACACUCAUAACCAUGGUACAUUUGAAGUUGUUUAAAAAAAAAUUAAGAUGCAGGCAUGACAUACCCUACCACAACUCUCCAGGCUGAACUACUAAUAAGUUUGUCCUAUUGGAUAUUUAAAUUAAUAAAUUUUUUAUAUAAUUUUUUUCUUUAGUUUGUUUUACUUAUAUAUUUUCUAAUUUUUAAAUACAUAUUUAUAUAUACUAUUUGUGCAUGUGACCAAAUCCAAGGUACUUAAGAUAUGUGAUGGUCAAAAGAAACCAUUACAAAUUAUUUUUGUUUAUUAAUAGUAGGAACAAAUACCUUGUUUAUACCUUGCUUGAUUUACCUUGAUAGAACUUGAUAAAGGCUUUUUCUUUGAUGUACCUUGAUGGACAUUUUGAGUAUCUGAGAAACAGACUUUGGACUUUCCGCUAAGCCCCACCUCCUAGUUAUUGUUGCUAAGGUCCCAUGUAAACAUACGCAACACAUGCGUCCGUUCUGAUUGGUCAGUUGUUAUGUUGUUGUUUAUUCUUAUCCAGGAAAAUGGUAUGCUGAGGAUUUUGCAAGAUGUAGAUGCUCAAGGGUGGGUUAUUCUACUAAAAAAUGUUAGAGGGACUUGUGAAACCUAAAAGUACUAUUAACACUCUGACCGCCAGGGGUUUGAAAAAAUAGUAUCAGCCACCGCCAGAUUUUUAGCAAAUUUUAACACUUUUCCGAAGGUCGUUGAGAGUGCGUAUUUGAUCAGAUUGAUUAUCAUGUAAUGAAUACUACAAGAACUACAAACAUUUUAGCUUUACAAUGGUACCAAACACUUUAUUCUAAUCACAAUCUGUGACCCGUAACAGUAUAAUGAAAAUGACUCACUUUUGGAGAUUUACGUGAUUUCGCAGAAUGAAGCUGAGAUAAUCGCGAAUUUUCAUGAAAAUAAAUCAAUUCCGCUCUACGCUAAUGUAAACAAACAAAUAGUGAAAUACUGACGGUCCACAGACUGAAUAUACUGUUCAAAUUGUUAAUACAUGCCGGUAAUAACCCAUCUAUCGGAUUCUGUAAAAAAACCUGAAACCUGAGGGCAGAGUAUUAAACACAUUGUUAAAUUAUUAAUGCAUUAGAACUACGCGAGUAAAUUAUUCUACUAUACAAUACAACUCCCUUUAUGUUAAGUUGUUGGCCUGUUUUAAGUUGAGCCUGUGAUAUAUUGUCCACUGAAAAUUAGGUAAAUAUUAUUCUGUGUCAGGAGAAUCAAGUAUAGGUGUAAAAAUGUACUUGAAUACUCAGUGUGUGUGAAAGCACUUACAAAAAAAAUUGCAAUAACAGAAACUAUUGAAUUUUAAAAAUGUGUACCCUGAUAUUUAAUGGUAAUAUUCUUAGCUUCCCGCAGGCAAGUGGGUUGGCGAGAAAUAUACAAAUUAAAAAACACUAAAAUUUCUAAAGUUUCAAACAACUCAAAUUCAACUGCUAGUUAUAUCGGUAAUCAUAAAAUAUUGAAAUCAUCGAAGAUCCAAUUAAAAAAUUGAUUAUUGUCAGCUUGUGGGAGUGGUAAGUGCCAGGCAUUUGCCACCAGCCAAGUUUGAAGUCAUUUAGAUAAGAGAUUAAAAUUACUAAAACUCCAAAGCUUGCUUUUAGGUGGCAUAGCCCCCUGGAGCCCAGAAUAGGUAUAGUGAAUGCCCCAAAACCUUCCUCUCUUGACCAUAGAUUCCACCCAGUUAUGACCUUAGGUCCUUGGUUGCUGGCAAGAAAACGUAAGCUAAGAAUAGAUUUAUAAUAUAUAAUAUUCUCUGCUUACCUCAUAGAGCAAGGUAGUGGUAUAUUUAUAUGUAAUACAAAUUAUUUUUAGUGAUGAUGAAAACAAACAGUUAGACAAAUUUUUAACUGUAUUAUAAACUAAUUCCUAUAAUUAUAAUUAUUUUAAUUAAGUAUUUUAUCAUUAGAAUGUUGCAGAGGGAUAUUUAGAUUUGUGCCAACAGAUUCUAUACUUCCAGAGUCAUUUUAAUCUUAGAUAUUUAUACUAUUCAUAUUAACAUUUAUUUUGUAGAUGUAUUUAUAUACUUAUUAAAAUAUGUUAUGUGUAUUCAGACCA